AUGACGGCUCCGACACAAACUCCAGUUCCUAUAUCCAUCACAAUCUGCGGCGACGGCGGAUGCGGAAAGUCUUCCAUCACACUGCGCCUCGUCCGCUCGCAAUGGACGUCGGAUUACGACCCGACCAUAGAGGACUCGUACAGCGUCACGCGCAACAUCGACGGCGUCACUUAUCACCUCUCUCUUACUGACACGGCCGGCCAAGAGGAAUACCGAGGCAUGUGGGCCUCGUCAAACCUUGGCGCAGACGCCUUCUUGCUUGUCUAUGACAUCACAUCCAAAGACUCCCUCGACGCCCUCGAGCAUUUCAACGAGCUUAUCGACAUGGAGGCCGAAACCCGCCUGGACAACGCUGAUCGCGCACGCCGCGCCGGUCUGCGCUCUGGCCAUGACACACGCUCGCGCACCGUCCCCCCAGUCAAGCUUGUCGCCGGCAACAAGUGCGAUCUGCAAGAGAACAGACAGGUUCCUGCAGCUCAAGGUCUCGAGUGGGCGCGAAAGCACGGCUGCGGGUUCAUGGAGACCAGUGCGCGGCUGGAGGUGAACAUCGAGGAGACCUUUGCGCUUGUUGUGCGCCGCGUGGUCGAGGCACGACGACUAGGCGAUACAGGCCCCGAGUCAGGAAAGAAUGCUCGCGGUAUGACGAAGCCGCUUACGCCUCUACCAACCGAUAGCGAUAACGAGAAGCGCGCCGUAGGAGUCCGAGGGCCGACUCUUCAGGGCGAUCAUGUGGGAGGUAAGAAGGAUGCUGGUUUUUGGAAGAGUCUGCGGUGCUGGUAA